ACCGAGGAAAUUUUUAGACUCUUCCCAAAUAUUGCCUGUCUUUUAUUUGACACAGGACUUGUCAUGUCUCCCUUUCUGCGUAUUGGUUUAUCCAACUAUGACAGCGGCCCUUACCUGCCAUCCCAGGGGGAGGUGAUUAACCCUUACUGUGCCGUGAUGGUUAAGGAAGCUGUGGAGUCAGAAAAUGGCCAAGUGUACGUGCAGAAGAAGCCCACCAUGUACCCGCCCUGGAACAGCACCUUUGAUGCCCAUAUCAACAAUGGCAGGGUCAUGCACAUCGUCGUCAAGGACAAAAGUGCUGAAAUGGUUUCAGAGACCACGGUGGAACUCAAGGUGCUGGCAGAGAGGUGCAAAAAAAGCAAUGGGAAGACAGAGAUAUGGCUAGAACUGAAACCUCAGGGGCGAAUGCUGAUGAAUGCACGAUACUUCCUGGAAAUAAGUGAUGCGAAGGACCUGCCUGACUGUGAGACUGAAGGCUUUUUCUCCUUGCACCAGCGCAGGGGAGCCAUCAAGCAGGCCAAAAUCCACAAUGUCAAGUGUCAUGAGUUCACAGCUACCUUCUUUCCACAACCUACCUUCUGCUCUGUCUGUCAUGAGUUUGUAUGGGGGCUGAAUAAACAAGGCUAUCAAUGCAGACAGUGUAAUGCUGCCAUUCAUAAGAAGUGCAUCGAUAAAGUAAUAGCUAAGUGUACAGGAUCAGCAAUCAACAGCAGAGAAACAAUGUUCCACAAGGAGCGCUUCAAGAUUGACAUGCCUCACCGCUUCAAAGUCUACAACUACAAGAGCCCAACUUUCUGUGAGCACUGUGGCACGCUCCUCUGGGGCCUUGCACGGCAAGGACUGAAGUGUGAUGAAUGUGGCAUGAAUGUUCAUCACAAGUGCCAGACAAAGGUAGCAAACCUUUGUGGAGUUAACCAGAAGCUAAUGGCUGAAGCUCUGGCAAUGAUAGAAAGCACCCAGCAGGCUCGCUGUCAGCGUGACACUGAACAGAUCUCCAGGGAUGGACCUCUAGAAAUUGGCUUCCCUGUUCCUGUGAAGGAGGUAACUCCACUUCAGGCAUUGCCAGCACCUACAACAGGAAGAAAAGAGCCACAGGGCAUCUCCUGGGAGACUCCAGUGGAGGGUACAGUGAAGGGGGAAUCUCUAAUAGAGUCAGACUUUGGAGAACUGCCCCAGGAGCAGGAAGAGCACCAAGUGCAGCUAAAACUAACCAUUGAAGAUUUUGUCCUGCACAAGAUGCUGGGGAAAGGCAGUUUUGGCAAGGUGUUCCUUGCUGAGCUGAAGAGUACUGACCAGUAUUUUGCUGUGAAAGCACUGAAGAAGGAUGUGGUGCUGAUGGAUGAUGAUGUUGAAUGUACAAUGGUGGAGAAGAGAGUCCUCUCCUUAGCCUGGGAGCACCCAUUCUUGACUCAUGUCUUCUGUACGUUCCAGACCAAGGAAAACCUCUUUUUUGUGAUGGAAUACCUCAAUGGAGGAGACCUCAUGUUCCAUAUCCAGAGUUGUCAUAAGUUCGACCUUCCCAGAGCAACGUUUUAUGCUGCUGAAAUCAUAUGUGGACUCCAGUUCCUCCAUUCCAAGGGCAUAAUAUACAGAGACUUGAAGCUAGAUAACGUCCUCCUAGACAAUGAGGGGCACAUCAAAAUUGCUGACUUUGGGAUGUGCAAGGAGAACAUGUUUGGAGAUGCAAAGACAAGUACUUUCUGUGGAACUCCUGACUAUAUCGCUCCUGAGAUAUUGCUGGGGCAGAAGUACAACACCUCUGUUGACUGGUGGUCUUUUGGUGUCCUACUAUAUGAGAUGCUUAUUGGUCAGUCUCCUUUCCAUGGCCAAGAUGAAGAGGAGCUUUUCCAGUCUAUCCGUAUGGAUAACCCAUUCUACCCUCGCUGGCUUGACAAGGAUGCUAAGGAUAUUUUGGUGAAGCUUUUUGUGAGAGAACCUGAGAGGAGACUGGGAGCAAGAGGGAACAUCCGCCAGCAUGCCUUUUUCCGGGAAAUAAACUGGGAAGCUUUAGAAGAGAGAAGGAUGGAGCCUCCUUUCAAACCAAGAGUGAAAUCCCCCAGUGACUGUAGCAACUUUGACAAGGAAUUUCUAAAUGAAAAACCCAGACUGUCCUGUGCUGACAGAGCACUGAUUAACAGCAUGGACCAAAAUAUGUUCAGCAACUUCUCGUUUGUGAACCCUAAAAUGGAGAAAAUCUUUUCCUGAGAUCUGAAUUACUGAAUGUCUGAUGGGACUCUCUGUAUUGAUUUGAGUAACACUUUGUCAAUUGAAGACUAUGCAUGGAUAUUUUUAUCAAGAA